UUGGAAUGGGUGAUAACGAGGAGUCAAAAUGUUCCAAGUAGAGUCUUAUGAGUGGUGUUAUAUCGAGGAUGAUGAAGAGAUUCCUAGAGAUUCCUGAGUUGUAAUGAAGUGAUUUUCUCCACAUGAGGUUGUCAAUACAGACGGCGAAGACGACGCUCUAGUUCAUAGUAGAAUCAGCCGCACACUGACAGAUGGUUCGCCAUCGAUAUCUUCAUGGACAGUGUGGACGUCGUUGAUCAAGUGUAUUGGAAAGCACGUGGUUAUGUAAAUGGUGCUGUUGACUCCGUGUUCCGUAGUAACGCUUACACCCCUACCAAGGGCUCUUUGUCCCUUUGCGAAUUCAGGUAUAUCGAUGUACCACAUUAUACAUCAAAUGGCACUCUCUUUGUCAAGAAUGAAGACUGGAUUGACUGGCGAAUCAACUUUGGACACUGGCAGGAAUUUGGGUCGCCCUGCUUGAAGUUCCACUCAGUUGGGGCGAGGGUUAAUUGGCAAGCACCUGAGAAGAUUUGGAUGUGUAUAGCAACUUUUGGUCGUUCAUCGCCAAGUAACUCCGUCUCUUCGGUGCGAUCUUCAACCUCAAAGAAAUGUUCUAGAAUCCAGUCCAUCUACUCCUACACCCAGCUGGGUUCUGUAUUUAUUAUUCGUCCUCUGCAUCGUGACCGUAGGGAAAACCUGGACGGAGAACGCAAUACUUUCUAUGAAGGUGAUGGUGUAUUGCGCUUCCUUACUCAUCCCGGCCUUCUUCAGAGGCAGAAAUAUACCAGUGGGUUUUCUUCAUGUAGUGGCGUAAGACAGAUGGAUGAUGGGACGCUGCGGCGAUCGCUUUUUGAGAGGUGAUGAUGAUGUCGAUUACGACAUGCGAGUGUACUGCAAGUAUGUAUCGUGAAUAAAAUAUCCUAUUGCUCCUCGGUCAUCCCUACUCCUAGCGAUGCGGUG